CAAGCACCCGAGGCGGUUUUGAUCGAUCGACGUCUGGAGGCUGGUAUCUGACACACGACAGGAAUGAUUUUAACCUUAUUUUUUGGCCGUGUCUCGAACCGCGCCGCCGGCAAAGAGCACAGCACAGCCGAGGUCGAUGUCUCUCGAAACGACUUACUAUUUGUUCUUGGUAUCGUUUAGUUGGUACGCACACUGUUUCGGUCACAAGCAAAUGACCAUGCCCAUUGUUGCACAACCAAGGCAGUGCAGUGAGGUGAGACGGGGCGUGUCAUAUGCCGAUGCAAGGGUGAACGUUAGUGUCCAGAAGUGGUCGCUACAGACAGCACGAUGCCAUGCUUCGGAAAUACAUUGGCCGCCGAGGGCCUGAUUGAUUCACUGAUAAUAAGCUUAUUUCGACAGUCGGGAGGUACGUAGUACACGUACGCAGCUAUGCGCUCCAGUUUGGCGUGCGGUGGGUG